AAAGAAGCAACGCCAGACAAUAUUGCGCCACGACACGACAGAUUCGGCCAGACGCGACUUGUUGAUACCUUUGUUUGACAUUCGUCAAGUCGAUGUCCUCGUUCACCAUGCGGCUUCGAUCGCUCGUUGAGCACAGCUUUGUGCCACUCAAACAAUCACAGCCGCCGCCGCUCGCUCCGCGCAAGACCAUGGCUGUCGCCAUCGAGCUGUCUUUGCCUACACGCCUCUCUUCCACGCCGAUCGAGUUACGUCCUCAUUCUUGCCGCAGCACGCUCGCAUGUCGGUGUCCUCGCCAGGCUCAUCGGACAGUCGGGGCUCGUCAGACGGGCAAACAUCGCAUUCGCGGAUCCCGGUAGCCACGUAUCGGCUGCGGUCGCCCACGACACCAGACCUUGCAAACAGUCUCGUCGGCGAGGCCGCUAGCAACACCUGCAAGUCAUCUUCCUCCACAGCCUGCGGCUCCGUCGCCACCCUUUACGCACAUCCUUCCUCCCAUUCUGCCAACCGCGAACCUCGCUACUCCCGCACCAGCCCUGCAGAAAGCCUCACCUCGACGACGCUGCGCAGCUCCUCAAGCAGCGCGAUCCACAUCGGGGCUACGUCGCACCGCUCUCUGCAGUCCAAUGAGGCAGUCAAGUCGCCGAACGCCUCACUGGAGCGAAGGAGCACCGACGCUAUCAAGUCAUUGCCUUGCUCAUCCAUGGGGCAUGCGAGCCGCGGGGCGAGUGUUGCGAGCUUUGCGUCUAUUCAGGCCAAGAGAACCAGUGAGCCUCCUUUCCAGGACGGAACAAGCGGUGCACUGCCCAGCUAUCUGACGUGGGAGGGGCGGUGGGGUAGCUCAAUGGACCAUGCCGAGGAUCGUCACCCGGCCAGCCUGUCCCAUCGCCCUUCCAUUCUGCACCGACAACGUCUCCUCUCUACGGCGCACGAGGUGACCGAGGUCGAAGAAGACGCAGAAAAGGCUAAUGACAAUACUACGUGCGCGCACACAAAAAAGUCGCCUCACACACCAACAGAGCGUCGCUCUCUCAGCUCCAACCUCAAGUCGCGUUUCUCUCACUCGCCAGGUCCUGAGCAAAGCCUGAAGACUGCGGGAAAGGCAAAGGGAGGCAGCACUCACGGGCACGGCUUCGGCGUCGCUGCCAGGCUGCGAAAGUCUCUGGGCGUUGCCGAGCAGUCUCGCUCCAACUCUCCUUUGCCUCCUCCUUCGCGGGCCACCUCGCCGGCUUUCCCCACCCACCAGCCAGCAAAGGGACGAAGGGUUCUCGGCGCUCUCACCAUGAACACGAGGCACAGGCGAGUAGAGACCAGCAACGCCCACAUGGGCCUGGCCAUUCCAGUCAACGAGGCCUUCGCACCCAGCGGUCCCACUGGCAAGAGCAGCCGUUCGGGCUCCACCUCGCGCCACAGCAAACAGACGAUAGAGAGCAUCCAAAGCUCAGAGCGCGGCAGAAGUGGAAGCAGGGCGGGCACUCGUGCUAGCGGCUUCAAGCGUGUCUUCCACAAGACGAGCAUGCAUCUCAAGGAGAGGUUGGGGAGUAAGCCGCCCGCUCCGCCCUUGCCUACGCCCCAUCAGCAGGAUGGAGUGCGCCAGCCUUCUCGGCUACCGCCACCUUUGCCAGUCAGGAAGCCAGGAUUGUACGCAGAGGCCAUGCAACGGCUGUCGCAUGGCCCUCUCACUGGCGGAGCAAAAGUCAAGUUGCGCGGUCCCUCUCCCGAGCGAAGCAGAGCACAGAUGUCUCUCUCCCACUACCAGCCACCUCCUUCUUUCCAUGCGCCAGCGAAGCGAUCCCUUCCGCCCCUCUCGACCAUGCUGCUCGAUCCUCAGCCUCGUCCUCGCACUCGACCCAGUGUGGCCCCGACGCCUGCUACGACCACGACUACCCUGCUAUCGAACUCCAAUGACCAUCUGCCGCCCUCUGAGACAGUCAUCAGCCCACAAGCAAGGAGACGCAAGCUCUCCCUCAAGAGCGCGAGCGGGCAGGUUUGGAAUCGACCCUUCCUCUUAGGGAAGGCUCGGAGAUCACGCACUGUCUCAUUUUCGACUAUGGAUCCGCUGAUGCUGAGUCCCGCCCACUCCGCUGCUCCUCUCCAGCCUCUCGUCACGGUCCCCGCCCCUUCGAGCACCACAUUCAUCUCUCCGCCCGUUCGAGAGAGCUGGAUAGACAUGAGGGAUGAGGUUCGACGUGGUGCGGGACGCGAGGCUGCAAAUGGCAAGCAGCAAGAAUCCAGUAGCAAGGCUGGGUGGUACUCCAACUGGAAGCGUCACCGGAGGAUGAAGAAGCGCGGGGCUGUAGUCGAGCAAGGCAGCGUACAGGAGCAUCGACUUGCGCGAGAGGAAAGGCGAAGUGAGCAUCUCACCGUUCACGAGGCGCCGCCAAUGCUCCUUUCGUUGAGACCGACCACUGCUACGACCGGUCAGCAAGCAGUGGGCGGCGUCUCUUCGCAUAUAGACGAGGUCUUCCGAUUGUCCACUCUGUGGGACUCACCGAGGGCAGCCUCCGCUGCGCCUGCCUACGACACGACUGAGAUGGCUAGCACUGCUGCUGCUGCUGCUGGUCAAGGGCAAGCUAUCACUUCAUCUACUCCACAGCGGCCCCUACUCCUGCCCUCCCUCAAUGGCAUCGAAGACGGGCUUUCCUCGCCUGCAAGACGCAUCAAAGGCCUACCGCAGCGCACCAGCACCGCUGGCGGAUUUAGAUCGUCCCACAGCCAGAGAACCUUUUUGCCUCCUCCAGCAGUCAGCUUGCCAUCCAUCCCACCAGCACUGCGACUCGCACAAGGUGUCAGUGUCGGUACGGCAUUGAAAAGCCCGCCGCUGCCGACAGUGACCGAAGCAUCUCCCCCUUCGGCUGACAAUACGCUGCUAAGCAACCGCCGCGGACGGAUCAAUGCCACGCCUGCUGCUGCACAUGGUAGCGCCGUGCCAUCUAUCCUUGUCCGCCCAACAGCGGCCGACUCGCUCCCCGUCCCACCACGACGUCACUCCAGUCGUGCCCGUCUUCGUCCUUCAACAAAGGGAAGCACUUCUUCCGAGUCUUCCGCUGGCCGCUCCAUGAGUCCUGGUGGUCCCAGUAGUGCAACCAAUACACCUGGUCAACGUACCAAGACCAGCGCACGUAGUGCCACUACGGUCGGAUCCUCGAUUCUCUUCAACAGCCCCGAUGUCGAGAUGGCCUUGACAGAGCUAUUGGCGGAGAGGGCCGCGAAGUCGCCGAAUGAGGAAAGAGAGAAGCAGAGACAAAAGACUCUGGGGGAGCUGACGAAGAGGAAGAGUACCAGCCGUAAAUCGACUCCCUCGUCAGGAAAGGGAAAGAAGCGCGGCACACAGGCGGAGGAGGCCGAGGAUGAGUGGCAAGAAGACGUCGACCAAGAGGAAGAGCAGGCGGCAGAGUCAAGUGCAGGCCUGGCUGCGAUCUCAGACGGGCUCGAUAGCAGCGCCAGCGGGAAUGACAUCUUCAGGCCCCGUCAAGCCCAAUGCGACACAGUAGAUCGAAAGCUGAUUGCUGCUCUGGCCCAGUAUUUGAGGGCCUCGCAACCGUCGAAGAACACUCGAGUGGCCGCACGUACCCGUGCUUCCCGUGGCAAGGAACAAGGAGCCGAGAAGUUGAGGGAGAACGAAGUCAGCGCCAGCGAAUCGGACAUGGCCGCCAUCACCGCCUCCCUGAAACGGCUCCUUUCGCAAUACCGCAGCAACAGCCCCGUCUCAACUCCCAGCCGCUCGAGCCGUGCGCGUGGCUCAGCAGCAGCAGGGAUGCGAAGCGUUUCAUCCCCUCUCUCCUCCAGCCGGUAUCUGCGCACUCCGCAGAGGACCAACCGUUACGCGGCAGGUGGGCAACUCAUGCCGGGCUCGGGAAGCAGCGAAACUAGCUUGUUCCUCAGCAGCGGAGCAAGAAGCGUUGUGCUGACACCAGAGAAAUGGAGGCGAGGGGAAGAGAGGAGACACAGCAUCAAGUCCCGUCGUAUUCGUCAACAGGCUCGACAACAAGUCAUGAGCGAUGACGAGGAGUUCGCUCCCUCGAACAGCCAGGUUGAGCGAUUCAGCUCAAGCAUCGCAGCCGCCGUCGCGGCCCCGGGCUCUUCCUCUUACAUCGCUUCCACCACGCGCAAGCCGUCAAGCCUCUCCCUUUCCCUCGACCAGCACUCGGUCCUCAGCUAUUGCAGCACGGCCGUCUCCGCUACCAGCUCGAGCGCAGAUGAGGACCUAACGAGCUUGCUCGAGACGAUGAUGGAAGCUAGUGAGGGAGAAAUGCCCGCGGGUCCCUCAAUGGCGUCGUCUGUACGAGACGUGUCUGGCAGCAGAGCCAGGAGCAGAUCAGGCGUCAAUGCUGGGGAGGAAGCAAACAGUAGCAAGACCUUCUCCACAGACCUCUCUCUGCCAUUUUCCUCGCCGAAGGCAUCGCCUGACCCUUCAGCUCCAUCUACCCGCAAGCGAAAGGAGACUGGCAGCGAUACCCUUCCCUCCGAUCUCUCACUUGCUUCUGCAGCUCGUGCGCACCAAGUACGACCCUCGUCAGGACCGCAGCUCCCACCACAACGCCCCUCGAAGGCAACGAGGUCUCCUGAGGCUACCGAGCCAGUGCCUCGCUGGCAACUGAACAUAACUCCCCUCCAGGAGUCGAGCCUUGUCUUUGGCAAUCCAAGAGAGAGCUUGGCAGACGGCGAAGAGCCUACUGACACCAAUCCUAGGAGUUCCGUGCGAAGCAGAGAUGAGAGCGGCUGGGACGAGCGGGUGAAGCUGGAAGAAGAGCAUUCUCCCGACGAGGCCCGUCUCGAACGCAAAGCUAGCCAGACCAGCAGCAGCGGCUUGCAAUCAAUCCUCCGCUUCUACCAGCAACAGCAGCCGAAUUGGGGUGAGCAUGCGCCUCCUUCUCCAUUCCUCGCUACGAGUACGGUCGACGCGAAAGGAAGCCCUUGCUCAGAGAGGAGGGCGGUGCUAGGCAAUGUGCAAGGAUGUGAAAGUGGCAGCGGGGGCAAGAAGAGAGAUCAGUUGCGCGUGGGGCCAGAGGUAGAGAACCAGGCUCCUGCCACGACGGUGGUAGGAUACGAUGGCUCGCCACGACGCCUCUUCAGCCCUACGAGAACGGCUUUGACUCACAAGGCAGGCCGCUCUUCGAAGGCAGCCAGGCGUGCUCGAACCGGCGUUUCCUACUCUUCAGCUCAAGUCACGCCAGGAUCUCCCCGCGUGACUAGGGCCGCAGCUGCCGCUCGAGCUGCUGCUGCUGCAGCGGCGGCGGGGACGGGGACGGCAGCAGCAGCAUCUACGGGAAGGGAGCAGCAAAGCUUUGUGACGAACGUUCGUAGGACAUGUGAGCCACCUACCAAGCUGUUCAGCUCACAUUCGAAAGGUAAAGCGCCUGGGACGAAACCAGCUGCAUCGCUUGAGCCGUCCAAGCCUCAAAUUCAGCCACAAGCCUCGAGUUCGCAGCAACCCGCAGGCUUGCCUUCCUCAUCGAACGGUGACCAACCGAAGAUCCAGAACACGCCACCCUCUGCGGGUCGGCCUCGCCCCCGCGCUGCGAGCAGUCCUGCAGCUGCUCCUAUGAGUGCCAUAUCACCAACACCGCCUCCGCCCGUGGUGCUUGCGAUGGAGCUGGGAUCGUUCUCUUUUGCGUCGGCAGGAGAAGCAGCAUCCACGUCCGCAUCCUCGUCAUCGAUAGCCCUCCGUCGAGGCGCGCAGUGUGGCGCAGGGCGUGACAGGGCAGGCCAUCAGCGAGAAGAGUUGGGAAUGAAAUCAAACAGAAGAGUCCUCUCCCCUCCGGCGGUAGUAAUCACGGACGCUGAUGUGGAAUCGAAAUUCCCUGUGCUUGGUUUGGACCGGUAUCAGGAGCAGGCGGUCAAGUCGAAGCAAUGCAACAACUCGGAUGCAGGCAAGGCAGCGCAGGCAGGACCAGCGAAGUUGCAGGACGCAAUUGGAUCAUGCCAAGAUGAAGAGGCUGGAAAGGAAGUUCCAACCGCGAACAGGAACAAGAAGCAGCGCAACAAGAAGGCGAAAGCUUCCUCGCCUACGACGACGACGACGUCGCCUUCUUCUGCUUCUGCUUCUUCAUCCUCGCCAGCAGAAGGUGGCGUCAGAUUGGCGAUGAUGCAGGCUGGUUCGCCUUUCCGAUAAUUCAUCUCGGUGAGCAAAGAUUCGUACAGUCGCGAUAAUAGACAAAUGAGACGGGGCGCAGGUUUGAGGAAGUCUCGUCUUGGUAGCCGGUCCCUACCUCUGCUCGCGCUCGC